AUGAACUUUAAAAAAAUUAUCGAACCUCUGAUUAAAGAACAGAAAGUUAAAAUUAAAGAACCUCUUACUGCUACAAAGGAAAUAAAACCGAACCAUGAUGUUUUAUCUUCAAUUUUAACUGUAAAAACAAAACCAAAGAGCACAAUUAAAGAGGAUCUAAAAGAGGAAGGCUUUGAAAUGGGCGAAGUUCUCGGUGAAGGAUCAUAUUCAGUUGUAAGAGCUGCAACUUAUAAGAAAACUGAUAUUGCUGUGAAAGUUAUCGAUCGAGCGAAAGUUUCUCACGAUUUUUCUUCCAAGUUUCUUCCACGUGAAGUUGAAAUUUUGAGUAAAAUAAAGCACAAAAGUAUCAUAAGCGUCAUAAAGAUCUUCAACUAUCCAACGAAAGUUUAUAUAUUUAUGGAAUAUCUGCCAAGGGGAGAUCUUCUGCAACAUCUAAGGGAAGACGGGAGUUUAGGAGAGAAGAAAUCUAAGCAUUAUUUCAAACAAAUGGUGGGAGCACUUCAAUAUUUACACGGCCAAAAUAUUACGCAUAGAGACCUCAAAUGUGAAAAUAUCUUGUUGGACAAUAAGGAUGGCAUUCGAAUAAUUGAUUUCGGGUUUUGCAGAAAAGUAGUGACUUCUUCUGGACGAAGGGUUUUAUGCGAAACAUAUUGCGGCAGCACAGCAUACGCAGCUCCUGAAGUACUACAGGGCACUCCAUAUAAUCCCAUGCUUUACGAUGUGUGGAGUCUGGGUUGCAUUCUUUUCAUUAUGGUGACUCGAUGUAUGCCAUUCGACGAAAGCAACGUUAGAUUAAUGGUCGAAUAUCAACUAAAAAGAAAAAUCAAGUAUCCAAGAAGAGUAACUGUCAGCUUUGAUGUUAGAGAUAUCAUUCAAAAAAUGCUGGAGCCUGAUGUCACGAAAAGAAUAUCUAUGGACAGGAUAAGCCAACACAAAUGGCUAACAGAAGAUGAUGAGUUAUUAAAAUAAAUAUAUAAAUACCUCACAUAAAAAUGCUACUUACUCUUCCAUAAAU